AAAACCAUUCACUCGCAAAACUAGUUUCAAGGUGUAAGUGCGCGUUACUCUCGAUCAAGUAAAAAAUCACGGACCCGUAUCGAGUAUAUUUGUAAUACACAUAUAUAUAUAUAUAUGCCGGGACUAAAAGUACAAAAAACCUAUAACAUAUUAAACAAUGGGAACUAAUAAACCAUAUAAACAUCAUAUACCAUUUCCUUCAGGUCCUUUUGCAACAGGAUGCAUAGAAUUAAUGACCGAAUAUAGUGCAGAAGGAUGUUUUGCCAGGAUAUUUUAUCCGACUGACAUAUCGUCUAAUAAGUUAAAUGAAUAUUCAGAUAAAUGGAUUCCAUGGAUACCAGAUGAAACGUAUUUAAAAGGUUUUGCUGAAUGCUUGCGCAUCCCAUUCUGUAUAUUUAAAUAUGGCCCAAGUAUAAUCAGACUAAAACCAUAUUACAUACCAACUAUAUUUGAAGCACAGCCGUCUAAAACAUUAAAAUCAUUUCCAAUAUUUAUAUUUUCUCAUGGAUUUGGAGCAACUAGAUUUGUUAAUUCAGAAUAUUGUAAUUCUUUAGCAUCACAUGGGUUCUUCGUUGUUGCUAUAGAACAUAGAGACACGUCUUCUCCUGCUACUUUUUACUAUGAUUCACCAGAAAGUGCAAAAAAUGACAACCGUACAUGGGUUAAUCAUGUUCAAUUUCAUAAGAUAAUUGGUCCUGAUCACUACUAUCAACGAAAUAAACAGCUCAAGUAUAGAUUCAAAGAAAUGAAAAAGAUCAUCGAUACUAUAUUUAAAAUAAAUAGUGGUGAAGUAGUCGAUAAUGUGUUCAAUCCAAAUUUCGAUUUACUUCAAUUUAAAAACAAACUGGAUGUUGAUAAUAUUGUUGGUUCUGGAUUUUCAUUUGGUGGAGCAACAGCUAUGUAUACAGCAGCAAAUGACAAACGAAUUAAAUCAUUGGUAAUUGUUGAUGGCUGGAUGUUUUCUUUAAAGUCAGAACCAAAUUUGAGUAUUGAACAAUCAAUUCUAUUUAUUAAUACUCACACCUUUCAUUUAGAAUCAAACAUAGCGAUUAUUAAAAAAUAUAUGGCUUCUAAUUCAUUUCGACAGUUAUACACUUUAAAAAAUACAACUCAUGAGAGCCCUACAGAUACUGCAUAUAUAUGGGGUCAUUGGCUGGAUUUAUUUAUGAUAAAAAAAAUGAAUUCCGAGACAGCAUUGAGAUUACAAAGUAGUCUCACCUUAAGAUAUUUAAAUGAUCGCAUGAAUUAUCCAGAAAAUGUUGAUGGUUUACAAAUUUAUAUAAAAGAACAUUCCGAUAAAAUCGUUAGUGAUACUAUAAAAUACUCAAAACGAGUGAAGAGAAAAAUGGGUAUUUGGUUUUGGUAAACUGAAUUAUAAUAAAAUAAACUAGAAAACUAUUUAAAUUAAUUUAAAUUAAUGUGAUAUAUGUGAUAAACAAAUGAACUUUGUAAAAUAAAUAGAAAAUUGUUUUUAAUUGUUA